CCCGGCCUCGGCGCGGCCCGUCCCUGGACAUCCUUCGCUCUCUCCUGCUGAAAACAGGACCGGCGCCAUGUGGAUCCAGGUGCGCACCAUGGAUGGGAAGGAGACCCACCGCGUGGAUUCGCUUUCCAAGCUCACCAAGGUGGAGGGGCUGCGGCUGCGGAUACACGAGGUUUUCGGUGUCGAGCCCCACCGGCAACGACUCUUCUACCGCGGCAAGCAGAUGGAAGAUGGUCACUCCCUUUUCGAUUACAGCGUUGGACUGAAUGAUAUUGUUCAGCUUUUGGUCAGACAAAGCCCAGCUUUGCUUCCUGCUGUUAGUAAGGAAAAGGAUUCUGAACUCUCUGACACAGAUUCUGGCUGUGGCUCGGGCCAAAGUGAAUCUGACAAAAGCUCUCACAAUGGAGAAGGUGCCAUGGAGCUGGAGGGACAGCCCAGCACGGCAGCACAGUCCGACUGGACCGACCCGGGCUUUGGCCUCUAUAAGAUCAAUGACUUGGUGGAUGCUCGAGACAUGAAUAUGGGAGCGUGGUUUGAAGCCCAGGUUGUAAAUGUGACCAGAAGAAACCCUCCCCGUCAGUCAGCUGGCAGCUGUGCAGCCCCUGCCCAGCCCACCAGCGUUGCUGAGGAAGAUGUAAUGUACCAUGUGAAAUAUGAAGAUUAUCCAGAGAACGGAGUGGUAGAAUUGAGUUCGAACGAUGUACGGGCUCGGGCAAGGACGGUUUUGAAGUGGCACCAGCUUGAAGUAGGACAAGUGGUGAUGGUCAACUAUAAUCCUGAUGAACCAAAAGAGAGAGGGUUUUGGUAUGAUGCUGAGAUCCUGCAAAAAAGGGAAACAAAGAUGAGCAAGGAGAUAAAUGCAAAGAUCUUACUUGGGGAUGCUGGUGAUUCCUUGAAUGACUGCACAAUUACCUUAGUGGAUGAGAUUUAUCAAAUUGAAGAACCAGGCAGUGCUUGUCCAGUUAGUGCCACUGCUCCAUUAAAACGACUAAAUGGACCUGUGUGUAAAGCUUGUAAGGACAACCCCAACAAGACUUGCAGAAUUUGUGCUUGCCAUAUCUGUGGAGGUAAACAAGAUCCAGAUAAACAGCUAAUGUGUGAUGAGUGUGAUAUGGCUUUCCACAUCUACUGCCUCAACCCUCCCCUUAGUAGUAUACCAGAUGAUGAGGAUUGGUAUUGCCCCGAGUGUCGAAAUGAUGCAAGUGAGGUGGUUUUAGCAGGAGAGAGAUUAAAAGAAAGCAAAAAGAAACAAAAGAUGGCAUCAGCUAAUUCAUCCUCACGGAGAGACUGGGGCAAGGGCAUGGCAUGUGUUGGUCGCACGAAGGAAUGUACCAUUGUCCCCUCCAACCACUAUGGACCAAUUCCUGGGAUUCCAGUUGGCACCAUGUGGAAGUUCAGAGUUCAGGUGAGUGAAUCUGGUGUCCACAGGCCCCACGUAGCAGGAAUCCAUGGCAGGAGUAAUGAUGGUGCCUAUUCCUUGGUUCUGGCAGGAGGCUAUGAAGAUGACAUAGAUCAUGGGAAUUCCUUCACAUACACAGGGAGUGGAGGGCGGGAUCUUUCUGGCAACAAGCGCACAGCGGAACAGUCCUGUGAUCAGAAACUCACCAACAUGAACAGAGCUCUGGCUCUGAACUGCAGUGCCCCCAUCAACGACAAGAACGGAGCCGAAGCCAAGGACUGGCGAGCUGGGAAGCCCGUGCGAGUGGUGAGGAAUGUAAAAGGAGGAAAGCACAGCAAAUAUGCUCCUGUGGAAGGCAACAGAUAUGAUGGAAUAUAUAAGGUCGUGAAGUACUGGCCUGAGACAGGGAAAUCUGGAUUUCUAGUGUGGCGUUACUUGCUUAGGAGGGAUGAUGAAGAACCUGCUCCUUGGACCAAAGAAGGAAAGGACAGGAUGAAAAAGCUUGGCCUGACCAUGCAGUAUCCUGAAGGGUAUUUGGAAGCUGUGGCAAACAAAGAUAAGGAAAAAGAAAAUAAUGGAGAGGAUGAGUUUGAUACCCCGGGGAAAGGAAAGAGGAAAAGGAAAUCAGCAGGUGGGGAGGAAAAACUCAUCACCUCUCCUACAGGGACUCCAAAGAAAACUAAAGUUGAGCCAUACAAGCUGACAUCUCAGCAAAAGUCUCUUAUUAAAAAUGAUGAAGCCAAUGAAAAACUGUGGAAUGAAGUACUGGAAGCUCUCAAGGACGGGCCGAAAUUUCUCAGUAAAGUUGAGGAAGCCUUUCUGUGCAUCUGCUGUCAGGAGGUGGUGUUUCGGCCAGUCACCACCGUGUGCCAACACAACGUGUGCAAGGACUGUUUGGAUCGAUCCUUCAAAGCAGAUGUGUACAGCUGCCCAGCCUGUCGCUACGACCUGGGCAAAAACUCCACCAUGCAAGUGAACGAGACGCUUCAGACCAUCCUCACGCAGCUCUUCCCCGGCUACGGCAACGGCCGGUGAUUCUCUAAAGCACUUCUGACUCCUCUUGUGUUCAAACUUAUUCAUGGGUUCUCACUGGGGAAAAAAAAAGAUAAAGAAAAGUAGUCUGUGUUCUCCCAGACCCCUAAAAACCAAGUUUAAAGUCUUCCUUGUUUUUAAAAAAACGAUAAACUCCGAGGAAUCUCCUCCUGUGCGUUCGGGGGGUUUGUUUCUCUUCUCAGUGUUGGAACUUUGGCAUCCUCUCCCUCCCCAACUGCUCCUCAGCAGCACAGAGAUAGCUUUUUGAUGGACUUUCAAGUGCUUCCAGUAAGGCUGCUAACGAUUAGGAACCGAGUGCUCCCUCUGACUCCCCUUUUCUUGGUUUUUGCCCUUUUAUUUUGUUUGAUUACAAAACCAAUGGCUUGGUUGCUAGAACAAUCUUCAACGUGUGGGGAUUUGGCCCUCAAGGUAGAUUUGUGCAUCACCUUGGCAGCAUUUUGAUGCUCAGUUUGUACAGGACGGUUCCUGGCUCCUGAUCUUUGUGUGUGUGCCACAAGUGGGUAUUUGCUAUUCUUUGGGUUGGGUUUUUUUUAAGAACUGGGUUUUUCUACAUUUGACAAACCAAUCAAAAGCCAUUUCUUGCUAAUUCAAUCUAUCAGACGAACAGAAGCUGCUUGCAUGUAGCCAAGUAGUUGGAGCAAUAUGAAGUACUACCUCAGUUGGACUCCUCCUCACUAGGGAACUGUUUGAUCAGCCAGGUGCUGUCUCCUAGCCCAAAAUGCCACUGUGGGAUACACUAAAGCCAUCCUUAAGUGCCUUUUUUUUUUGUCCUUAGUUUGUUUUCCUGGGCUCUGAAUCACCAGAUCUAUGGUUUUUGGUUACAUAAAGCACUGAAUUAAUGGAACCCACCAGCUGGAUUGUUACUCUUUGGAGUAAAACAGACCAGUGUAGCUGUGUCCCACUAGUGUGGAUUUGCAACCUUCCAGCUUGCCUCCUAAAAUUAGGUGUGUUAUGGUAACAGACUUCUUUUUCCACCCCCUCCUUUUGUCACAUUUCUGCCUGGACAAUAACAAAACCUGACUCCUUUCCUUUCCCAAACCGUUUGGUUUCACUGAGAGGGCUUUUUGUGAGCGGAUUGUCUUUUCCUACCAUCACCAAAGUUUGCAGUUUAAUACCUCAACAAGACAGGGAUUUAUUACUUUUGGUUUUUUCCUCACACUUGACUGCAGACAGACUGGAACAAACGUGCCUGUUUCUGGCUUUCUUAACUCCUUGGGAAAAUGAUAAUGUUAAUAUGUUGGGGACAAAGAACCACAGCGUUUUAUAGGGGCGUUUUUUGCUGAAUUUGUCAGGUUUUUUGUACAAUGUGCAAGUUGAAG